CCACUCUUACUGUGCCUAACUCAUUUGCUUCUCACUUUUUCUCAAAUGGGUUUCUGUUUUUGUGUGAAUUUUAGGUGGACUUUGAUGUCUAGUAGUAUGGAUUUCUAUGCUUGUCUUUCUCUGAUUGUUUGGAUAUGCGGGGUCUUUCAAUAUUGAAGGCUUCUUAUUGGUUUUCUUUUAGGGUAAGAAUGAUGAUUUGGCCCUGUUGGUGAUUCUGCUUCUGGCUGGUGAUUUAAAAAGGGAGAAUUAUGGCUGGGGAGUUUGAAGAGUCAUUUAGCAUGAACUUUCAGGCAGAUUCUAUACACUCUGGUUCUAUCUCAUUUGGGAGAUUUGAGAAUGAACCUUUAUCUUGGGAAAGAAGGUCCUCUUUCUCUCACAAUAGGUACUUGGAGGAGGUUGAGAAAUAUUCAAAACCAGGUUCAGUUAUUGAGAAGAAAGCAUACUUUGAAGCACAUUUCAAGAAGAAGGGCAUUUUUGGUAUUAUUCCAUCUACGGGUCUUGAUGGAUCGUCAGAUAGAGCAACCAGUGAAAAUGAUGGCUCGGAGAGAAUUGGAAAGCAAGAGGAUUUUGAAUCAAAUGAUGGCCAUUAUGUUCAAUAUGAUGAAAUAUUGCAGAAGGAUUUUGAGUCAAAUGAUGGCCAUUAUGUUCAAUAUGAUGAAAUAUUGCAGAAGGAUUUUGAGUCAAAUGAUGGCCAUUAUGUUCAAUAUGAUGAAAUAUUGCAGAAGGAUUUUGAGUCAAAUGAUGGCCAUUAUGUUCAAUAUGAUGAAAUGUCCCGUAAGGAUUUUGAGCUAGAUGAAGGUGGCCAUUAUAUUGAAAUGGAUCAAAGAUUUCAAGAGGAUUUUGUGCCAAUUGAAGAUGAUAAUUAUGUUCAAUUUGCUGACAUUCCUUCUGAUUCAAAUUAUCAUGGAGAAUGUGGUAUGGAUGAAUGUGAAAGAGAAGAGACCAUCACAGAAUAUCCUAUGGUUUCAUUUUCAAGUCUGCAGAUGGAAUCUGCUGCGAACAAUUCUAAUGAUAUGGAGGUCGCCAGUAAGAAAAGUAUUACAUUGGAUGAAGCUCAUCAAUCUGAAAAUGAAACAAGUAAUAUACUCUCAGCUAAUGACAAGGUGAUUAUGGAUGUGAAGAAUAAUGAUGAUGUUACUGUAAAUACCAAUGAAUCAUCAAUAAACAUGGGUGUGACUGUGAGUGAACCAGCAAGGGAUUUUGAGGAAACAAUUUUGCAUGAUCCAGCAAGUCCUUCUCCCAAGGAAACAAAGCUCAAGCCUCAACGGAAUUAUGAAGUCAAUAAUGUUCAAGUUCGGAAAAGCACAUCUUCUAGAUCAGCCAAGGAUCCUGCUAGGAUUCCUAGUAGAGAGAGUCCAAGGAGGACAAAUUUGGAAAAGAAUUUAUCAAAACUUGCAACGCCGACUGCUUGUUCUGCUAGCAAAACCAUCAAAGAAGUUUCUAAAAGUUCAGAGAAACUAGUUCGUGAAAGCAAAAGUGAAAAUGUAUCAAGAGUAAGAAAGGGUGCAGAAUCCCAACCUUCUGCUUUAAAAACAGCUUCCAAAGGAAUUCAAGAAGCAGAGAGGAUGAACCAAGCUAUCAAUUCUACAAAGUCCAAUGUUAAGCCUAGGGUUGCAGCUUUCAACUUUAAAUGUAAUGAGCGUGCAGAAAGGAGGAAAGAGUUCUACAUGAAAUUGGAAGAAAAAAUGCAUGCAAAGGAAGCAGUGAUGAAUCAAAUGCAAGCAAUAUCACAGGAAAAGACAGAAGCUGAUAUUAAAAAAUUCCGGAAGAGCCUCAACUUUAAAGCAACACCAAUGCCUUCAUUUUAUCACACAACUUCCCCUUCACAACCACAUGGGAAUAAGUCUCAACCUCAGGCUGUGUCAAAUAACACCAGAAGUAAGAAAGAACAGAAUAAACCAAAAUGUCCAGGGAGUGAAGCAGAUGCAGCACUACCUUUGAAAUCAAAGGUGGGAAAUGAUCUAGACACUGAUGAAUCUUUAACAGCAAGGGAACCACAUGGUAUCUCAAUCGAAGAGUGCACCAAAACGAAAGCAUCUGAAGCUAGUUUGACUUCUCCUGCUCCAUCAACCAACCAUAGCCGCCUUGCUGAUUCUAUGACAAGUAAUCAUACUUCUGGAAAGAAAGAAGGAGCAAAGGUUUCUUCACAAAAACAUAGGGUAUCAGUAUCAGAUAGUUGCAAAGGAGCAAAACAACAAAACAAUGGAAGAAAUAAAAAUGGUGAAACCACAAGACAUAGAAAUGAUAUAACGAGGAAAGGUGUGGGAAAUGUUGGUUUGAAAAGCAGUUCUAAAAGUGGUAAUCUUGCUGUACGUGUUGCCUCCUGAAGAAUUUAUUACCACUUCACUUUAUAACUUGAGGAAGGUUCACCACCAUACAUAUAUUGCACAUUGCACAUUGAGGUAGUAGCAUUUCUUUUAUUCACAAUAUUGAAUAUUCAAUUGAUGGCAUAGUUGAGACAAGUUAUAGUACAACAUGAUCCAUGUUACUACAAAGUUUGGUAGAAGUUAUGCAUGAUACAAAUAUUGGAAGUUAGUAAUGAGCAUGUUUUUACUAUGGACUUGUUGGAUCUUCUGGGCACCCCUCCAUAUGGAAGUUUGUUCAUUUGCUUAUCAGAAAAGAAAUGAAUUUUAUGGAAUUUUUUAUUUGUAAAUAAUUUAUCUUUGAAUUUAUCAUUAUCUUCUUUCUAAUUCCGGCGUACUAUAGUAGAUUUAUCUUCUUUCUA